AAAUGACAAGCAAACUCAUAGUUGGGAAAAUCCUGUAGUGGGUCUGUUGCUUGGGAAGAAGAAAGGAUAUGGAUAUGGCGUGAUUAGGUGGGCGAGUUGAGAACAAAAUCACAACAAUCCCAAAACUUGAAUUUUAAACCAACAACCAAAAACAGAAGAGGAGGAAAAGGAAGACCAAAUCCCACUCUCACACACCUCCCAUUGCGCUGCUCUCACGUCUGGCUAUGGAACAACUUGGCAGCAUUUAGGAGCAUUUGCAAAUUUUGCUCUCAUCUUUCGGCUCCUUGUUAUUUUGAUUGCCGCCAUUACAAUUCCUACUUGCAACUCUCAUUCUCACGAAUUUUUCUUCCCUCUCACUUCUUAACUCUUAUUUUAUUCUAUUUUCUGUUGGGUUAAAGUGUUUGGAGGGGGGGGCUCUUCUUUCGAGUUCUGAGGGGUUCUGCACUUUUUGGUACUCUCCCUUCUUUCUUGUGUUUCUUUUUCAUUUGUCUUCCACGUUCAAUCAUCUCAAAUAUCUUUCCCACACUAACACACAUAUUCAGACCAAAUUAUAUUAUAUACACGUACCACCGCCGUUGAGACCAAAAUCAGAACCUAUUCUCUCACCGAUUCUGAUUUAAAAUUCACUUCUCCACCCACUUUCUUCUUUCCUUUCUUUCUGAAUAUCUGAGCUCUCCAUCUCCAGGGACAAUUCCCUGUCUCUUUCUCUGUGAGAACAAUAGGAAAAUGGGGUGUGAGUGUAACAACAAUGGCGUCGUCAUUGGGCGCAGCAGAAUCUUGUGUGCGACUGUUUCUUUUCUCUGUCUUCUGAUAUUGGCAUCGACCCAGAUGAGAAUCAAGGCUGAAGGUAGAUCGAUUUCAAUGAGGACCAAGACAGUGAAUGAAGAUAAGGAGAUAUUAAGAGGACAAAUUGGAUCAAAGCCACCAAAAUGUGAGAGAAGAUGCAGCUGGUGCGGUCACUGUGAGGCCAUUCAAGUUCCUGCAAACCCACAAAAAUCAGCAACUAAAAAAUCUUCAGCAGUGAAGAACAUAGUUUAUGCUAGAGAUGAAGCCUCCAAUUACAAGCCCAUGAGCUGGAAAUGCAAAUGUGGGAGCUUAAUCUUCAACCCUUAACUAUUUUAUAUAACCCCCCCUUCAAUUUUACUCUCUCUAUCUCUCUGUAAAUUAAUGAUUAUAUGAUUGUUAAUUUCUUUAACUCAACCACUCUCUCCCCCUCUGUUUCGUUUUGGGACUCUUUAAUCUCUACUACAAUACGAUAAGCAGGCAUUAGAUGAAGAGCUCUCAACUUGGAACACUUUAGAACUUUCUCUCCAAUACAUUUCCUA